AUGGUAGCACUUGGCAUCGGCUUGGAGAAAAUACAAGUAAUUUUUUAUGAGGAUAUUGAAAGAGCAGAGAGGUGGGGUGUGAGUCUGGAAGAGUUGAAGAAACAUGACGCCUUAGAUAAGAUGCUGAAAGAAAAUCGAGAAAAGGUAAAGGGUAGUAAUGCACGGAGUGAUAACAAUGAUGAUGGAGACGAGAUGGAGGAUGAAGACUACAACAGCGAUGAAGAAGAGAUGGAUGACGAGGACAGUGAGAUGGAUAAUGAAGAUGACGACGACGAUAUGUAG